CCUGGGACCCAUGCCAUGUCUUCUCAGCUACCACAUAAUUAUUUGUUUUCCAUCUUUCUCCACUGCAAUAGUAAUUUUACUUUCUCUUAGGCUCUUAGCUAAAGCUUCAUUAAAAGUCCCAAAUCAAAUCUCUCCCUCUGAAAUUAUGCACCCAAUUUAUAUCGAUUUUCUUUUAUAACAAAGGAAAAUAGAAAAAGAAUUUUCAUCAUAGUGGUACAAAUUACUCCUAACCUUACACUAAGGAAUGCAGUUCUCUUGCACGACAAAAAUCAAGAUCGCCAUACGAAAAACCCCUUCCCGAAAAGAUAGCACAACUUUCAAUUGCUAUGAUGUCAAGUGAGCAAAGAUUAAGGGAAGUAGGAGAAGGAACAUCCUCAACUAUUGUAACAUUAGCGCCAUCUGCUAACCAUCAUCAGCUACCAUCGCCACCUCAACUGAGCAGAUAUGAGUCUCAAAAACGUCGUGAUUGGAACACUUUCGGACAAUACUUGAAGAACCAUAAACCCCCAGUUCCUUUAUCCAAUUGCAACUACAACCAUGUGUUAGAUUUUCUCAGGUACUUGGAUCAAUUCGGAAAAACUAAGGUACAUUUACAUGGUUGUGUUUUUUUUGGAGAAUCCGAGCAAGCAGGGCCAUGUACUUGUCCUCUUAGACAAGCAUGGGGAAGUUUAGAUGCACUAAUUGGAAGGCUUAGAGCUGCUUAUGAGGAAAAUGGUGGAUUGCAAGAGACAAAUCCAUUUGCAAAUAGUGCUAUACGAAUUUAUCUUCGUGAGGUAAGAGAUUCUCAAGCUAAAGCAAGGGGAAUACCCUAUAAGAAGAAGAAAAAGAAGAGGAAAAUCCAAAUAAAUUCUAGUAACAACAACGAGGCACCAACUGCAACCUUUCAGUUGGAUUAAUUCUUCUUGAUCGCUCUGGCCUAAUUCUCAAGAGGAAAAUAAAAAAUGGUAAAGUUUCUUUCUUCGACAAUAAGAGGGUUGCUUUGAUUUGCUUUUGCAGAUAUAUAUGGUCACAGUUUCAAUAUGAAGAUUAGUUGACUUCAUAUAGUAUGAAGUAAGGAUGUAAAAUAUACGUUCUACUUAAAACAUUCUGAUUAAAUUGUUUCUCUACG